GCGCUGUGGGAAACCAGCUCCCCUCCUGAUUCUUACCUCAGGGACGUUUGUACGGGAGCUAACAGGCUAACAGGCUAAUGAGCUAAUCACUAAAGCAGGAAGAAGAAGCUCAGUGGGACCUUGGCCUGAAACAACCCGAUGGAUCCUGGUGCAGAGUCUGGGACACCGGCUCCACACACAGCUGUAGAAGAGGAGAGCCUGUCUCUGUCCAGCGCCUCCUGUCAAAGAGAAAGCGGAGGAACCAUCUUACUACAGUUGUUGGAAUUUAAAACUCAUCUACUUGAAGCUGUAGAGGAGCUGCAUAUUCGGAAGGAUGCAGAGACGCACUUUGAGGAUCAGAUCAGUAAACUGGUGCUGGAGAAACAGGAGCUGGAGUGGGAGAGGGAAACCCUCCAGCAUCAGAUUGAAACGGGCGUGAAUCAGCACACAGAGUCACUCACCAGUGUGAAGAAGCAGUUUCAGGCCAAAAUCAGAAACAUUGAGGAGGAGAAGGGGAAAUACCAGGUCAGUGCUGAGUUAAAGGACAAGGAGAUUAACAACUUGAAAGAAGAACUGAGGUCGCUGCAGUUGCUGAAGUUCAACUUGGAGAAGAAAUCAAAGGAGCUGGAGCAGAAACUAUCCUUGCAGAGCAGGUCGAAGGACAGUCACCUGAACCAGCUGGGGGAGGUGGAGAAACGAUUCAGUGCCCUGUCCAGGCAGUGUGCCAUGGUCAAGAAGGGCCACGAGGCUCUACAACAAAAUGUUGAUGAGGCCAUGAGAAUCAACAAGAAACUUACUUCUGCAAAUGAAAAGCAAGAAGCAAACCUUGUGUCACUGAAGAAGGAGCUGGAGCAGGUGAAUACCAAGCUGAUUAAAACCAAGAUGAUGUCAGUCACACAUGACAAGUUCCACGACGGUCAAACGGGCAAAGAGCAGCAUGUAGAGAAACUGCACCAGAGACUGAGGAUGGAAACUGAAAUUCUCAAGAAACUCGAGGAGGAGAACGUUGCUGUAAGAGCAGAAAAGCAGAGGUUAAUGAUUUCUCUGCAGCAUAACCAGCAGCUUCUGUUGAGUCAGACACAGACAGUGAACAGAGUCGAGCUGGAGCUGCAGACACAAGAAGAACAGCACCAGGCCCUUAAGCAGGAACACGAAGUGAUGCGAGACAAAAGCAAGGCACUGGAAGAUAAGGUGGCCCGACUGAUGGAGUGCCACGCCGCUUCCAUGACGAGCUGGGACAAAGAGAAGAAAGUGUUUCUGGACGACAUCGAGAGUGAACAGCAGGAGCUUCGAUCAGUGAAGGAGGCUUUGGACGAGCUUCAUGAGAAACACACUGAGGUGUCCUCACUGUCUAAAGAGCAGGCACAGCACAUACUGGAAUUAGAGACGAGAAACCACAGUCGGAGCCGCCUCAGCGUUUCCACCCAGGUCGUCCUUCCUAUCGAACCCAGCGAUGAGCUGCUGAGCCUCGGCCGCCUGCAGCACGCGGCCUCCUCUCAGAGACGGCCAGACGGUCUCGACCACACAGGAGCUGUGACGAAGCUCAGUGCCACUGGAGCGACUGAAGGACAAGAAGCCCCCAACUCUCCAGAUCUGUUUACACGUCCACGUGUCACCAACAACCUCUCCAGCUCCUGCAGUCAUUUUGGAACAUCAAGCAAUGACACCAAUAUGAUGAACAAGCACAUAACGAAUGCUGGUGUCAUUUCAGAUUCAAUUCAUAUGCCCUCCUCUGUGUCUGAUGAUAAUCUCAUGAUUAGCAACGGUAGCUGUGUGAGCGACACUACAGCCGUAUCAAACCCUGACCAUGGGUUCAUCAAAGGGCCUGUAGGUUUACUGAGCAGGGACAAAAAUGAAGAUGAUGAAGUGGAGAACAUGAGGAUGAAUGAGGGAAAACAUGCAAAGAAGGAUGAUGAGGGACAAGAAAAGGACAAGAAAUUGGAGGAAACAGUUACAGAGCAGCAGCAGGAUGGAGAAGACGUCCAAGGAGAAUAUGCAAAAGAGGGAGGGAGCCCUGGAGAGAAGAGAGGAACUCUAAUGGCCGAAACAACAGGUUCUGCAGACAGACGAGAGGAUGGCCAGCGGUCAGCAGAGGAAGCUGAGGACACCAGAAACUCUGAGAGUGAAACAAGAGACGAGGGGUCAGACGGAGCAGAGCAGAGAGGAAAGACAGGAGAGCAGACACCAGCAACACAGAUACCGACCCAGACGAGCACUGAUUGCUCCUCGGAGAAGAGCAACACACUGCAGGUCGUUGACUUCAUGGACGCUGAGACACCACUGGUUGUCUGUGAGCCCUCCCACUGCACGGAAAGUCACUGUCAGGAAUCCACUGAGCAGGACGCUGACUCCAGCCAUGUGAACGGGGCAUGUGGGACAGAUAGAGGACAGUUUAUCUUCGCCCUCGGUCCCGAUGAAGGCCGAAGAAGUGUCAAUCAUGGGCCUAAAUCCGUCACUCAAGUCCGUCAAGUUGGGGUUCAAACUCCAGACGCCGAGCCGCUCACUCAGCUGCCAAAUCUAAGUCAUCAAGUCUCUGAGAAAACCCCAGAAGAGACGCCAGCGGACAAGUCAGCAGCUGAGCCUCUGAGUGAUUGUGGCUCUGCUGCGCUUCCUUCAGCUGCUCAAACAGACAUUAUUAUCAGUAUCAGCGCGUUGGAGACGACUGCAGCACAAUCAGAACAGAAUAAUCCCUCUGGCAUUAACAGCGACAUGAAGCAAACAGAUGAAUCCAGUCAUAAACAUGCGAGUGAAGAAUGUGAAUUAGUGAGAGCACUUGUCGAACCACAGCCAUUUCCUCAAAGUCAGGAGGUCUCAGAGCAACAGAAGGGACAAAUCAAGUCUCUGAUUCUGGAUGAAGAUGAUUCUGGUGAAAAGAGCGAACGUCAGGCAAAUGUGGACACACAAGAAAACUGCGACAGUGAGAUUAUACAGAUGAAAACUAAUUUAAAGGACGUCUGUGUCGAUAUCACGAUGGACACUGAAGACGUUGAAUCUGGCAAACGUCAGGACCAAAUGAAAAAUGACAAACCAGAAGACGCAGGAGAUGAAAAGACCAAGAAAAGUGAGACUCAUUUGAAGACGUCCGUCCCCUCAGCUGGACCCAGGUCGUCUUUUGAUCUGGUCUCAGUCCUGCAUCAGUUUGCUCAGGGAUCCGAGCAGAACAGGAGUGGACGCCUCAAACUUCCUCCCAGCAGAUUAACCAUGUUCCCUAAGAGCAAACACAGCAGAGUCCCCUUGGUGAUUACCAGGGCGUCGGAUCUGUUGAAUGCCUCCAGUGUCUCUGGGAACGCAGCUUCCUCCGCGAGGCAGCAGCAGGGAGAGUGGAAAGCUCUGGACGAGACAACGGCAGCAGAUACGGAGAGCAGAGCUUCUCUGUCGAUCACUUCUUUUCCAGUCUCUACCUCCCUCAGUGGGUUGUCAUGGCCGACCACUCCAGGGUGCAGCAGAGCUGCAGCUCCUGUUUCCGACCCUGACUGUGAACCGUCCUUCUCUCAGGAGAGGGAAGAGCAACAGGCCUCGUUCAGAGCUCAGAUCUCCAAAAUCGAACAGUUUCUCAACACGGAGCGACUCCGUCUGCCCAAAAGACGGAAAACUGACAACUAACCCAUCAGAGGUAUUAACGGAUGCUACUGUGUCUGUAGUUAUGGGUCACACAUACACAUACGGCAUUUUGUAGAAGCAGUCAGAUCUGCUAACGUUAAUAGUUUUCUUAAAAGUUGGACUCUUUCAAUUUCGAAGUAGGGAAUUAUUGGUCUUGUUCUGAAGGAUUUUACUUUAACUUUAUAGUUAUUACUCAUUCCUUUAUACUAUACAGCUCAAUAAAUAGCUUGUUAGUAUGUUUUAUUUGUAAAAGUGCUUGUUACGAUUAUAAAUAAUUCCCGCUAUAUAUUUUAUUCCAGUGGACAAACACUGUUCAUUUGUUGGUGUCACAUUACGAUUGUGUACUUGAGGUUAUUGAUUGUUCCACUGGAUGUUAUUAUAUUUACGUUGUUAGAUUCACAUGAUGUCAUCGUUAAACACGGUAUUGACAUGUAUGAAUUAUCAUAUUUAUGAUAUUUAUUAAUAAAACGUUUGGUUUACAGUU